CAAUGGUCCCUCCCGCUUCUGCAAUCUAAACACAGGGAAGUAAAGCGAUGAUAGAAUUGAAACCAAGAGAGCGACACCUUCUCUCCCUUUUCUCUCUUUUUUUCUUCUCAUCCCCUUCCUUAUCUUUAUAUUUCCCACGCCCUCUCCUUGUGUUGUUGCGGCUAGCUCUCUACGUAUAGGAGUGGACGCCAGCUGAGCUCCUCCUCAGCCGCAGCUCGAUUUCUCCGGAGCAAGAGGAUGGACGACAUGGAGGCCGAGUACAACUUCUAUUGGGAAACCAGGCGCUUCUUGGAGUCUGAGGAGCUCGACAGCUGGGGAUUGGAUGAAGCUAUCUCUGGAUACUACGAUUCGAGCUCCCCUGAUGUUGCGUCAUCGACGGCCGCGAAGAACCUCGUCAUGGAGAGGAACCGGCGAAGGCAAAUAAAUGAAAGGCUUUAUGCUCUUCGAAGUGUCGUCCCUAACAUUACAAAGAUGGACAAGGCAUCGAUCAUCAAAGACGCAAUCAGUUACAUCCAGGAGCUUCAAGAGCAAGAAAGGAGGAUACUAGCAGAGAUAUCUGAGCUCGAGUCAGGGAAACAGGGGAGACUACCAAUUGGCGACACCAAGCGCGACGAUGCACACUUCAUGCAAAGGAAUAAGAAGACGAGAACUUCACGAGGCUCUCCGAGCUUCCCAUCGAUCGAAGUAAUCGAAACUGAUGACAUGGAUCGUGCCGAAUUGAAGGGAAAGAUCGAGAGCGCCAUUGCCGAACUUGACGCCCACAGAAGCCCAGUGAGUUCAAUGAGUUCCUAGUGGAGAGGAUCCACUGAAGCUACCCCUGCCUCCGUAAUCCUCUUUGUUCUUUUUUCUCUACUGUUAGCUUUAUGUAAUGGGCGUUCAGUAAACUUCUGUUUUCCAUACUAUCUGUAAGUCUGUAACGGGCUCUAGAGAAUACUUUACUGGUGUAGUAGUAACAUUGUUAUCCUACAAGUACGCUAUUCUCUCAUGUCUCCACCUUACAAUAUAUUGCAAGAAGAAAGAAAAAAAAAUGGCAGUGUACCAUGAAGUCAAAUAAAAAAGAAUAUAUAUUAGCAAGAAAAAAUAUUUAAUCAGCUGAUGCCGUCUUCUCUGGUGUUUUCAGAACUUUUGCUGACAAUGUGCACUACAUGCUUAGAUUUUCUUACCCAGACUCGUGCAUUCUAGUUCUAUAAAAAGGAAAAAGAAUAGGGAUCAAGUAACAAAAGUUUCCUUUUUUGGCGACGAUGGUCAUUUCCUCCUUGCCCUACAACCUAGGAAAUCUAGCCAAGAAACUAAAACUUGCAAUUUGAAACAAUCAUUGUGAGGCAAACAAGAAUCAUAUUGCACUGCUACAUAACUCUGAAGAAACUGUUAGAACUAAAAUAAGAAAAAAAAUAAGGGGCUGGACAUUACAAUUGUUCAUGGGCCGGGUCUUGUCAGACAAAAUCAAUACAAUUUUCUUUUGGUCUGUGCCCGGCCCGGCCCAGCUUUUUGACCUAGCCCGAACUUAGCUCUUACUCGAGCUUCAGGCUUACGGCCAGGCUCCAGGCUUCAUGCUCAUUUUUAAUAUUUUUCUAAAAAUAUUAAAAAUUGCUCAAAAGUAUUUUUUUAAAAAAUAUUAAAUAUGAAUAAUUAGAUAUUGCCAACAAUAUACAACACAUCUAUCAUCUUACUCAGUGCACAAAUCAAAAAUAAUUGUCAAUUAAAUGUACAAACCCAUCAACCAUAAACAAAUAAUACAAGUAAAAUAAGAAAAAAAAAA